AUGGACCAACCACCAGCGCCAGCGCCGCAGUCGGCCAAGGCACCAGUUGAGCAGCAGCAGAACCCUCAGAACUCCGGUCCUGCACCCCAGAUCGCCCCCAAUGGCCUUGGCCCUAUGGACCUACCCCAGAUUCCCAACCCGAACCUGAUGGAUCCCGAGGCUAUGGCUGCCAUCUUACCUACACAGCCUUUCAUCCCAGACCCUUCGAUGAUGGCCAUCCCAAUGCCUGAUCCCCAGAUGAUGGCAAUGCCUCUUAUGAUGGCAAACGGCAACACCCCUGCCGCCCCAGCUCAGCCCAAGGAAAUCAGCGCAGACGAUAUUGCACUCUAUGAUCGCCAAAUCCGCCUCUGGGGCGUGGCCGCUCAAGCAAAGAUCCAGAGUGCCAACGUGCUUCUCAUCACCAUGAGAGCGCUAGCCAACGAGAUUGCCAAAAAUCUCGUCCUUGCCGGCAUCGGCUCUCUCACCAUUCUAGACGACACAGUCGUUACCGAGGCAGACCUUGGUGCACAAUUCUUCCUAUCUGGUGUUGAGAACCCCGUUGGUCAGAACCGGGCCGCCGCCGCUCACCCUGCUAUCCAAAAACUCAAUCCUCGCGUCCAGGUUCACAUUGAUGCAGACGGCGUCAAGUCGAAGGGUCCCAGCUAUUUCGCAGGCUUUGAUGUCGUCAUCGCCACCGACCUCGAUUCGGACUCCUUCAACCUCAUUAACACUGCCACACGCCUCAACGGCAGAAAGUUCUACGGAGCCAGUACGCACGGCAUGUAUGGGUUUCUUUUUAGCGAUCUUAUUGAGCACGACUAUGUCAUUGAGCGCGAGGUGGGAAAUAUUGCUACUCAGCCGAAGCAGGAAACACGAACACGCUCUAUUAUUGAUGUGAAAACACGGAAAGAAGGCACGAAGAACAUGGAGUCUGUCACCAAGCGUGAACUCUUCUCCACUUGGUUCCUAGCCAGUGAUAUGGCCGGGCUACCAGAAGAAUACACCAAGUCCAAACGUCGUCUGAAGAGCGUUACCCCGGCAUUAUCCUGCUUGCGUGCCCUGUGGGAAUUUAUGCAAGCCAAGGGUGGCCAAGUACCCAGCAAUCGCGAGGAUCUUAAGAUGUUCACUCAGAUUGCCACUCAGAAACACAAAGCUCUAGGCCUGCCCAGCGAGACUCUCAGCUCUGAGUUUCUCCGUAGCUUCCUCCAGAACCUUGGCAGCGAGAUUGCCCCAGUAUCGGCAAUUCUCGGUGGCCAGCUCGCUCAGGACGUCAUCAACGUUCUUGGCCAGAAGGAGCAACCUAUUCAGAACAUGAUUAUCCUCGAUGGAAAUACCAUGGAGUCUCUCAUGUACCCGCUGCAUCCUGAGGGCGCGCUUGGAACCCUCCAACUUUCCCUCGCGUCCAAUGAACCUCUGAUCCCUAAUGGCGGUACCGGCGGCGACGUCAUGAUGGGAGUAGGGAUGGAUGGUAUGCCGUUCGAUCCCACCGCCAUGGCCGCUAUGCCAAUCCCCGAUGGCUUCCCUAUGGGAGGAGCGAUGAUUCCACCAGGCAUCUCUAUGCCAAUCAUCCCUGGCCAGAUUGUCCCUGUGCUAGGUCAGCAGCCGACAAAUGGCACGGGCGAACAGCUACCAACCGCCGACGCAUCAAUCGCGGCAGGCCACCCUGCAGGAACUGCUCCUCCAUCCCAACCUUCCACCGCACCCAAUGCAAGUUCCACCCAGGGCGAGACCGAACCACCCAAGGAAUCAUCUACUUAA